CCGCGAGCCUGAGCCUUCCAGUCUAAAUUCAGGGCUGAAUUUGCCUUUUCUCCUGCCUGCGUAUGACAAACAUGGCGGAAAGCGAGUUGAACGUUGACAGCCUAAUCUCCCGAUUACUAGAAGUGCGAGGAUGUCGUCCGGGGAAGAUCGUACAGAUGACGGAGGCCGAGGUACGAGGGCUCUGCAUCAAGUCCAGGGAGAUUUUCCUCAGUCAGCCCAUCCUGCUGGAACUGGAGGCUCCACUCAAAAUCUGUGGUGACAUCCAUGGGCAGUACACAGAUUUGCUGAGGCUAUUUGAGUAUGGAGGUUUUCCUCCAGAGGCCAACUACCUGUUCCUGGGCGAUUACGUUGACAGAGGGAAACAGUCCCUGGAGACGAUCUGCCUGCUGCUCGCCUACAAGAUCAAAUACCCAGAAAAUUUCUUCUUGCUCAGGGGGAACCAUGAGUGCGCCUCCAUCAACCGCAUCUAUGGCUUCUAUGAUGAAUGCAAGCGAAGGUUCAACAUAAAACUCUGGAAGACCUUCACAGACUGUUUUAAUUGCCUGCCUAUUGCUGCAAUUAUUGAUGAGAAGAUCUUCUGCUGCCAUGGAGGGCUCUCACCUGAUCUGCAGUCCAUGGAACAGAUUCGACGCAUAAUGAGACCCACUGACGUCCCAGACACAGGUUUGCUGUGUGACCUGCUGUGGUCAGAUCCAGACAAAGACGUUCAGGGCUGGGGAGAGAACGAUCGGGGAGUGUCUUUCACCUUUGGGGCCGACGUGGUCAGCAAGUUCCUGAACCGCCACGACCUGGAUCUCAUCUGCCGAGCACAUCAGGUAACAGUAGCAUCCAUUUGAUUUACGACUACAUUA